CCCAAGACAGCCCGAAAGGUCCAAAAAUCCAAAGUUUCGCAGCUUUUUUUUCAAGUUUCUUGUCUGAUACGUCGGUUUUAAAGGUGGAGUAGGGCCAGUGGGGAAACUGUUAAAAACCACUCCUUUGGUCCCAAAAAUGACCAAAUAUCAUAAUGAAACUUUUCAAAAAAUUUUUGAAAAUUUUUUAUUUACUGUUAAAAAGUGGCAAUUACUCAGUUUUUGCCACUCAUAAUUUUGGAAGGCGACCAAAAAAAAUUUUUUUCGACAUUUUUUAUUUUUUAGUUUUGUUUAAAUUAUUUUUAUUAAAACAUUGUGAUAGUCGAAACAUGCGACAUUUCUUUAAAUAUCCUCAAAAGCUCGUAUUUUUCAAAAUGUUGGCAACUUGCCAAAACUUGACCGGAAAUUAUGAAAAAUCUAAAAAUUUUAGGAGUGUUUUAUUAUGAUUUCGGUUGUUUUGCCCCCACUGGCGCUACUCCACCUUUAAGUGAUUUGCUCCCUAUUAUCAUUAGAGCGCAUUUACAUGUCAGUCCACAUAUCUGUCAAUAUCUAAACGGAGCGACACGUGGUGUCAAGCUGCCCCAUAAGGAAUGGUCUACAAAAAAUGCGGGGAUUUAGACGCGUCUAGAUGAAGAUUCCUAAACAUAUUUCAAAUGGAUCAAAGUGUGUUGACGUCACAUUUUUCUGAGCAAAAAAAUCCCGCGUAUUUUGUAGGUCAAACCGUCAUGGGACAGCCUGACACCUCGUACGGUGCUGGGAAUCUUUCAGUUGUACCGUGCAAUACACUAUCGACAGAGGGGCUCAUUUGCCCGGGAAGGUGACCUGACCUCCUCCCGUGAUUCAGAGGACCUACAAAAUCGUUUUUUUCUUUCAUUAUCUUUCUACAACAGCCGCAGCUCCUACAAAAAUGUCUCCUUUCCAUCUUCUUCGUCUGCCAUCCAAGGAACUAACAAAAGUUCUACGCUACAUGGUCCCUAUUGCACGAUUUGGGUUCUCAUUGCUCUCAAAUAAAGCAAAACGUCUCAUAAUUAAUCUCCAAGAAUUCAGCCACUUUGUUUCUAUUGAAGUGCAAAAUCGUAUCAGAUUAAAAUUGAGCAGGCUACAUUUCAUUAUUGGAGGGCCCGAUGGUCUCGUGAAUAUUGUGUAUAUUUAUAUUCAUAGCAGAACUGUUAAUGCCAAAUGGAGCCUGCCAGGAAUGUCAACUAGACAGUGGAUCGAUCACUUUAUGGAGUUGACAAAUAGUCAUCGAAUUUUUAAACUGAGCAUCGAUGCAAAAAACCCAGAGAUUGAUAUGAAAGACUUACACAGAGCUCUAACAGGGUUGCGAGUUUCCAGAUUUUUUCUCAAUGGAUUCUACUUGCCAGAUAUUCAAUUAUUUGGCUCACUUCCAACUGUGGAUAGCAUGUUGUUCGGUCUCCACCUUACUCAAACAACUAAUUAUCAACGAAUUAUGCUUCAAAAUCAUAUCCAGUUCACAGAUCUUCGGAGGGAUGGAGCACGAGCUGAUCUGAACAGUUUGUUAGCGUCAAAUGCAUCAUCCAUACAAUUUCCAAACAUGAUCUUAUCGGAUGCUCAACUCAAUUUGUUUCUUAAACAUUGGAUAGCCGGAUCGAAUCAAAGACUUGACUUCCUUAAAAUUUUAAAAAUUCGAAACGUGACAGUCGACGACGAAGAGGUGAUUUUCAAAGGAAUUGAUCGUCAACCAGCAGUGGACAGAGGAGAUCAUUAUUAUCUUCAUACACGUGGUGUACAGCCAAAGAGUCCUCGAAAAUUCGAUAUCACAAGCAGUGAAGGGGUCCCGGCGACGAUUUAUUUGGACGAGCCGAAUAUCAAUGUGUUUAGCAUGCUUGUGUGGAAUUUAUAAAUUUUUAUGCAAUAAAUUCUUCAUGAACA